AUGAAGUAUAUCCCCUCGGAUACGAGUGCAUCAUCCCGGGUGUUGGAGCAUGGGUCACUUUUACGCCCAAAAAAGAACAUCCAAGAAACUGCUGUAGAUGAUACACCAGCUAGCACACGGGAUGUAGAGGUUGAACCUUACAACUUCCGAAAAUUUAGUGUCAAGUCACCCAGUCUACCAUUUAAUCAGCCAAUCAAAUACAAUUCAGUUAGUAAAGCAAGAUAUCUGACAACUCAGACAUUAAUCCAACAAGUCGCAUACACUUUCUCCGACAGCAUUUUUUGCUACUCUCCUGAAUCAUUUGACCUAGAUGUUGCUAUCAAAGCUUGGGCUAAAGCUGAAGCAUGGAACGUGGGUGACUAUGUUCCAAAUAUACAUUCACUACAGACCCGUUCUGGUGCUGGCGCAAUCAUUUUGGGAUACAUCUCCUCACAAGAUUUUGACGAAACAAAGAGGCACAUACCCCAAGCACUUAUAGCUUCCUCUGCCAGCUUGCUAAACCUAUAUUCAUGUCUGGAUCAGCUCUCACAGCACUGUUCAGUGACUAACCCCUUCGUCGCUCACAUAGCAGCUGUAGAUUACGCACCUGGUGCAUCAUCGGGGCUAGUCACUGACUAUACAGUUGCUCUAAAUGUUGCUGAAGAAUUUGAGCUCGGACUAGUAUCCAGCUGCAGUGCUUUUGAGGCUCAACACAUGGCUCUAUUCUCAACUAUCCUGUCAACGAUCCUCCCCACAAUUCAUGUUUACGAUGUUCUGAAUAUGGGGUAUUACACGAUGCGCGUCACAAAUGUUCUCGAUUCCUCAAAAUUGAGUAGAACCUACAACAAUACGUGCGAUAAUCUUUCUACCAUCAGUUUAAGAGCUGAUAAUGGUACAAGAGUGAUGUGUAUACUGAACACCUUGAAUUAUGAAUUAGGAACAGCGUACAAUCUUUUUGAGUACCGCGGCCAUGGUACCCCAGAGACUGUUCUAGUUGUCUUUGGAAGCGUCGAGAGUUCUCUUUCUGGACAGGUUUCCGAAAAGCUCUCUGCUGAAGGCAACAAAGUUGGUGUCAUUAGCGUUCGCGUCUACAGGCCCUUCGCAGAGGACGCAUUCAUUAACACUUUACCUAGCUCAGUGAAAACUAUAGCUGUGCUAGGUCAGGUUUCUAACGAUACCGCGGUCGCUGAUGCGUCAUUAAACUCAAAGCUAUUCGAGGCAGUCAUGGCCGCAGUAGUAUUAUCUGACGGCUGGGUGACACAACCAUCAGUAGUCGACCUUAAAUAUUCUCGGAGUGAGGUGUUUACUCCUGCAUCUAUAGCUGCAUACUUUCCUCAUCCAACUGGAAAAGCAUUAGGUACAAGACCGUUACGAUUAUUGGGCUCUGAUAUUGAACAGUACAUAUUCUUUGACAUUGAAGAUUCAGCUUCAUCAACUGCACCAACAGUCAUUGGCAAACUGCUUUCUAUUGACUCCCCAAAUAAUGUUGCUAUCAAUCAAACAUAUGAUAAUUUAAUCCAAGGUGGAACUAUUAGGACUGAUAUACGUAGCUCCAAAAGACCAUUUGAAGCAUUCUAUCCCAUAGAAGAGGCAGAUGUUGUGUAUGUCGGCCACGAAAAACUCCUUAGCGCUAUUGAUAUUGUCAAGAAUAUUAAACUAGGUGGAAAGCUUAUUCUGAAGCUACCCAACGUAAAAGAUGGAGAAGUUCAAGACAAACUUCCCAAUUUUGUCAUGAGUGAGAUAAAAUUGAAAGAUAUACAAUUGUUCUUACUUGAUCCUUCAUUUUCAGGACCGUCACAAAAAGAUGCGGCAGUCGAAACAAUGGUUGUUGAAAUGGCAUUCCUGCAAGUUACUCGGCCAGAACUUGCAGAUUACAGUUCCGAGAAGCUUGCACUAAUUAAUGGUAACGUCAAGAUAUUUCAAGAAGUUUCUUGUGAUUUAGAAAAGAUAAUCAGGCCAUUUAAGAUUCCGGAAAUGUGGGCCGAUAUUGAGGUUGACCAAGAGGUUACAGAGCUGCCCUGGAAUAUAAGUGCAACCAGUUUUACUGGGAUCGAAAAAAAAACCAUUGUACCCGCUCUAACUCAUGAUUACCAAUCUACAGUUAAAUCUCUAGUCUUCAAGGAGGCAUAUGAUACUAGAUUAGAGCUUAAGCCUGGGCUUGCAGUGAAGACUUAUGAGAUAACAGUAAAGGAAAACCGUCGUUUAACCCCUUUGGCCUAUGACCGAAAUAUCUUUCACAUAGAAUUUGACCUCGAUGCUUCUGGACUAAUAUAUAAUAUUGGAGAGUCAAUCUGUGUACAUGCUGAGAAUAAUGUUAAAGAUGUUGCUCAUUUCAUAUCAAAAUAUUCUCUACAUGCCGAUGAUAUUGUAAAAGUAUCCUCUCAUAGCAAUCCUAGCAUUCUUGUUACACGAACCAUCUAUCAAUCUCUUGUUCAAGAUCUCGACAUAUUUGGCAAGCCAUCAAAAAAUUUCUAUCAGGUCCUAGCUGGCUUCGCCUCUAGUGAAAUUGAAAAGAAAGAACUUUUAGCGCUCGCAGGUCCCGAAGGAUCUGCCAAGUUCAAACGUCGAGCCGAAGUGGAAGCUGUUACCUUCGCUGACCUUCUUCUCGAAUUCAAAUCAGCCCAUCCUUCCUUCAAAGAAAUUAUUCAAAUCGUGCCUCCUCUAAAGCGGCGUGAGUAUUCCAUAGCGUCGUGCCAAUCUGUCAGUCCAGAUAGACUUGCGCUCAUGGUAGUCAUCGUUUCUUGGGUUGAUCCACGCGGCCGUAUCCGCUAUGGUCAAGCUUCGCAUUAUCUAAGCGAACUUUCAAUAGGGGCAAAAGUCGUAGUAUCAUUAAAACCAUCCGUGAUGAAACUUCCCGUCAUUAAUACUGUACCACUCAUUUUGACUGGUCUUGGCACAGGAAUUGCACCAUUCCGUGCCUUUGUCCAGUACCGCGCUCAACAAAAGUCCCAGGGCAACGAUACAGGCCCAAUUCUACUAUAUAUUGGCUCACGCCGCCAACAUGAGGAAUAUCUAUAUGGAGAGGAGUGGGAGGCGUAUCAUGACUCCGGAGUUAUCACGUACAUUGGACAAGCCUUUUCCCACGAUCAGCCGCAAAAAAUGUAUAUUCAUGAUCGCAUGCGCCAAAGUAUGCAAAAAAUUGUCGAGGCUUAUAUUCGGGAUGAAGGAGUCUUCUAUCUUUCCGGUCCAACAUGGCCUGUGCCGGAAAUUACAAAAGUUCUUAGGGAAGCAAUUUCAAUGGACGCUAAAAUUUCGGGUAGGAAAAUAGACCCACGGAAAGAAAUUGAGAGGUUAAAGGGAGAAUCAAGAUACGUGCUUCAAGUUUAUUAA